AAAGUUUCUUUGCUUUAACGCAAAAUUGCGCAACUACUCUAUUAAAGCCCUUCUCACUGAGCCUUUAGCUAAAAAUAAUGAAAGUGUCACUAUUUUUUUGUGUGUGGAGGACAGCUAUGGAUGUAUGAAAUCAUCAGCUCACACAGCCAGGAGACAGUGAAUAUCUACAACGGACCAAGAUGGCUUUAUUUGUUGUUUACCCACAAUAUAACACCCGGCUCACGUCACGAGUCACGACGGAAGCCUAGUGGCUCAAGCACGAGGAGAACUUACUGUAUUUGUUUCGGCCCGAGGUCGAGCAGCGUUCACAUCACAAAUGGGUCGCACCUAAGUUCGGCGAGUCUCGGAGCGACCGUUUAGUGCACAGCGGAGUGCGGCUGUUGUGUUCACACUGAGCCAAACGAACCGUCCUCGGACCGACACGUCAUAUGGGCCGACCUAAACAGUGUAUGUGUGAAAGCACCCUUAAACUGGUUGAGUUUUAUAUAUAUUUUCCAAAUUGCAUAGCCACCACUAAACCACAAACUAAACAUUUGUCCUCCUCGCAGAAACUUUUACAAUGUAGUCAUCCUUUAAUAUGCUUGCUUUUCUAACCCGUUUACUGCUACCGCAGACCUAACGAAUGAGAUUACCAUGAUUUAUAUUGACUGAUGGUAAAGGCCGGGUCAAUAGUAAAGCCUUUAGCCUCUAGCACCUAUGAGGUCUGUCUGAGUUUGGUUUUCUCACCGUCACUCUUUUGUUGUUGCUUUAUUCAAUCAUUCUAAUCAGUGAAGAAGCAGGAUGUUUUGGAUGAAUUGUUCUCGGGUCAUGUGACUUGAUCCAGUGCCGGAGAGCUGUGACGAAUCUGUUCCCAGAUCAGCGUGAGAAGUUUACACAGGCUCUGGUUUCCUACUGCUGGUUUCCUCUGCUGUUGCUUAUAUUCAUAGACAGCCUGAGGUGACAGUACUUCAUCGCUGACUCUUGUAAGCCUCUCUUUGAAACAUGACAGACACAAUGUUUGGCAGUGACAAUGACCAGUGGGUGUGUCCCAAUGACCGACAACUAGCCCUAAGAGCAAAGUUACAAACGGGUUGGUCCAUCCACACGUUUCAGACAGAGAGGCAGAGGAAAGCACAGACCCUUGAUAAAUCAGAACUGGACCUCAUCAUGAACGUCGUCCAUCGCGCAGAACAGCUUGAGCUUAUUGAACAACACAGGAUUGGGCAUCUUGUGGAGCGUUUAGAGAACAUGAGGAGGUCUGCGUUAGGGAACGGUCUGUCACAAUGUCUGUUGUGUGGAGAAAUGUUGGGUCUGCUGGGCUCCUCAUCCGUCCUCUGCUUGGAUUGCUGUAUGAAAGUGUGCACAAAAUGUGGGAUUGAGACUACAGGCAGUCAAAAAAGAUCUCAGUGGCUUUGCAAGAUCUGCAGUGAACAGAGAGAGGUGUGGAAACGUUCAGGAGCCUGGUUCUACAACGCCUUGCCGAAGCAUGUCCGUCCCAUCAAGGAUUCAAUUCUGGAUAACAGAAAGCCAGUAAUGGAAAGAGCCGGGGAGCUGCCAGUGGCCAGAAGCGCACCUGUCACCUACACAUGGGCUCAAAACAAAGUGUAUUCAAGUGAAAGUGACGGCAGUGAUGAUGAGCUCAGUGAAUGCAGCAGUGACAAAAAGACCUUCAUGUCUGAGACUGAUCAAAGAAGAGACUCUGAAUCCAGUGGAGGCCAAGUGCAGACGCCGUUGCCUUCCAGCAUUUCCAGCUCAACUCGAACCAGCUUACUCAAAGAAAGCCCUUCUAGCUCAGUCAGCGAGCGAAGCAUCCGUCCGUCUCUGGAGGAUGAGAUCACAGACCGUGGCCGAACCUUACUGACCCCUCCGGUCCUGAGCCGCGCCGGCUCUCUGCGAAGCAGCACCACCACCACCAGCCAGAAGUCCGAAGGCCCGACCGCAGAACCCAACCGGGAUGAGGAAGAUCCGGACCAAGCCUUCGGCGCCGCUGCUCUCGUGUCCGGCAAGAAGGAGGAAGAAGCGGACGUGGAGGGCUACGAUUCGGACGACUCCACCACACUCGGCACGCUGGACUUCAGCCUUCUCUAUGAUCAGGAGAACAAUGCCCUGCACUGUACUAUCAACAAAGCCAAGGGACUCAAACCAAUGGAUCACAACGGGCUGUCAGAUCCCUAUGUUAAGCUGCACCUGCUGCCUGGAGCCAGUAAGGCCAAUAAGCUCCGCACCAAGACCCUACGCAACACACUCAACCCUGUCUGGAGCGAGACCCUGACGUAUUAUGGAAUAACAGAUGAAGAUAUGGUUCGCAAAACACUCAGGAUUUCAGUGUGUGACGAGGAUAAAUUCCGGCACAAUGAAUUCAUCGGAGAAACCCGAAUCCCCCUGAAGAAACUCAAACCCAACCAGACCAAGAACUUCAGCAACUGUUUAGAAAAGCAGCUUCCUAUUGAUAAGACGGAGAACAAGUCACUGGAGGAGCGCGGGCGCAUUAUGAUCUCACUGAAGUACAGCUCACAGAAGUGUGGCUUAGUGGUGGGUAUCAUUCGCUGUGCCCAUCUCGCUGCCAUGGAUGCCAAUGGUUUCUCUGACCCUUAUGUUAAAACGUAUCUCAAGCCAGAUGAGAACAAAAAAUCUAAGCACAAGACAACUGUCAAGAAGAAGACCCUCAAUCCUGAAUUUAAUGAAGAGUUUUUCUAUGACAUCAAGUAUGCUGACCUCAGCAAGAAGACUCUGGAGGUGACGGUUUGGGACUACGACAUUGGAAAAUCCAAUGAUUUCAUUGGUGGAGUCUCAUUAGGUAUCAAUGCCAAUGGCGAGAGGCUUAAACACUGGUUUGACUGUCUCAAAAACAAGGACAAGAAAAUCGAGCGCUGGCACACGUUAACCAAUGAACUCCCUGGUUCAGGGUACAAUGACUGAAAGUCUACCUUCGGGGCUGCACCAGUGCCCCAUCCCUCAUCUGUAUGAUGUCAAUGUAAGCCCGGCCUUUGAUGGAUAGAUCAACACACCAACGGUCCAUUGAUUUAGAGAUGGGUGCCAAUAUCUGUUUCUAACUAACACACCUGCUCCAACUCUCCUGGAAUUGAGCUUGCGGUUCAAUCUCUGGCUUGAUUCGGGGGUCUUUAAUCAGCCUGUGUUUUUACAACCACAUUAAAAAUGGACAAAUUAUGUCCAUAUAGCCAAUUGGAGAUAAAUAUUUAAACAUGCUCCUUUUAUUCUCUCUGUCCUCUUAGAUAUCUCUAAGGUGAAACGUGUAUUCAAGAAUGCAGUUUACAGAAGUUAGCUGUCAGAUAAAAGGGCCAAAACUGUACAUUUAUUGCCACUGGGGUGGUACCCUCAAAUGCUUAUGUCUCAAUGCAACACAUUGCAAUGUUGUACCUUUUGGGGUUCAGUAUUAUACCCUAAGCACCUAUUGUGUACCCUAAGGAAUAUAUUUGUACCAGUUAACCAGCUAACUGUACCUUAUAAGGUACACAAUAGGUCCUUAAGGUACAACAUUGUAUUAUUUUUAGUAUACCUGUAAAGGUACAAAAUGCAACCUUAGGGUACCACCCCAGUGACAGAAAAGGCACAGUUUUGUACCUUAUUCUAACAGUGCAUCACAUGCUUAUGGCAGCAAAAAAUCCAAAACAAGGAUGAAAUGAGCGCUGCUGUUGUUGUUUACAUCAAGAAUACAGUCCAAAUCUUUUCUGAUGUUUGUCUUAAGGCUGAAGCAAAAACAACAAGAUUAUAUUUUACAGACAGAUGAUUGUAAGAAUCAUAUAAACUAGUGUUUUUAAGUGAAGAAAAAUCACAAUAUUUACAGUUCCCGUGUCAUUACAGUACAUUUGCGAUUGAGUCGUCUUAAAAAUGAAUGUAAUUAAAUUACGUUUAUUUUAUUCAUUUCUGUCUCACAACAAAUGAACAGUGUGCCAUUGCCAAUGAAAGCACACAGGAGCUAAAAUAGCCAUUAUCUAGAAACUAUACAUAGAGAUAAAACCCUGUUUACACACCGGACACACUAACGCCCAAAAAGCUGCUCACGAAAUUAAGACCACGGAUCAUAACUUUCUUUUAAUAGUUUUUCCAUCUCCUGAUUUUGGCUAUUAGAUUUAUAUAUUUCUUGUUUUUUAAUUUUGUCCUAGCCCAAUCGAUAUGGUAGAUGUCUCUUUUUAAAUUAUUCAAUCUGUGAGGGAGAAAAUGGGCUUACACAUUUAGUUGAUCAACAGCAUGUUUAUUCUAUUCAUCCCUUGACAUUUUUAGGGUUGUACAAUUUGGACCAAACAUAUUUUUUAAUAUAAGAGUCAUUUUUAAUUUUGUGUACAUGUGUUUUUAUUAAGGGAUAGUUGACCCAAAAAUCAAUGGGUCAUCGACUGUAUGCUUACCAUCAUUUAUCAAAAUAUCUUCUUAUGUGUUCAACAGAAUAAUGAAACUCUUGUAAAUGAUGAUAGAAGUUUCAUUUUUGGGUGAACUAUCCCUUUAAGUUGUUAUUUAUAUAACCAAUUUAUUAGUUUAGCCUUUCUAUGUUAUUGCAUAUUUAGCAUGCGACGGGUGGGUAUAUUGGAUGUAUUACUGUAUGUUUAACUAUUUUACAGAGUUAUUUUUUUAUUCACUGUUGAAGCUAAACUCCUGCUGACCAUUUUUCUUAUUUUAAAACCCCUGAAAGCAGACCACGCAGUAUCUCUUUGACAGAAUUCAUUGUAAAAGCCACCGCAGUGACAUUUUUGUAAUCUUUGCUUUUGUAAACAAACUCUAUGGCAUAAAAAUGCAUGCAAUGUUCUUGGGCUGUCAUUAAACGAACUAAGCUUCAUGUUUGAUACUGUCGUACUCCUCUGUAAACGAGAGUUCUGCUUUUGGAUGCUGUAAGAAUGUCAGCCUUUCUUCUUGGACAGUUUUUGUACUUUUGCAUUGCCUGUCAGUUUGCUCUAUUGACUGGACAUGUGACUGCAUGUUAUAAAAAAUAAAUCUUGUCUUGUUUUUAUCAUUUUUAACUCUCA